UAGGGAGGAGCUGUGUUUGUGAGAGAACUGUUCAGUCAAAGAGAGAGGCAGGGGAUUUACAGGGAGAGAGCAAGUGAGUGGAAUCAGAGAAUUAGUGAAUCACAAAACAAAGAAGAGAAAACUAAGGUCUGAAAGAGCAACAGAUCUCAGACAUCUUAAUGAAGCUACAUUAAAGGUUGGUGCAGAAAAAUAUAGAAGAAACAGUGUCCUAUCUGACACUGAAAGAGAAAACUGAAAAACCACUGAAAAUAAUCCAGGAAAUUACAGAGACGCGAAAAAGAGAAAACGUGACUCACUAAAAAAGUAAAACGUUUCUUCAGCAUGAAGGAUCGUCUAGAGCAACUGAAAGCGACAAGGGACACUGAUGAUCAAGAUGAAGUUGACAUCUCCAUCGACAAUGCAGCUUUUAUGGAUGACUUCUUUUCCCAGAUUGAGGAGAGCCGUCAGAACAUUGAGAAAAUUGCAGAGUGUGUUAAUGAAACAAAGAGGCUGCACAGUGUGAUCUUGUCUGCACCUCUCCCUGAGCAAAAAACAAAGGAUGAGCUGGAGAAUCUAACAAUGGAAAUUAAAAAAACAGCAAAUAAUGUGAGAUCACGUUUAAAGGCAAUGGAACAAUCCAUUGAACAGGAUGAUAUGCAGUCAUCAACAGACCUUCGGAUACGAAAAUCUCAGCACUCUGUUUUGUCUCGGAAAUUUGUGGAUGUUAUGACUAAAUACAAUGAAGCUCAGGUGGAUUUCAGAGAGAGAAGCAAAGGCCGAAUACAACGACAGCUGGAAAUUACUGGCAAAAGUACCACAGAUGAAGAAUUGGAAGAAAUGUUAGAAAGUGGAAAUCCUAGCAUCUUUACUUCAGGGAUAAUUAAUGACUCACAAAUAUCCCGUCAGGCACUAAGUGAAAUUGAAUCCAGACAUCGAGAUAUUGUACGACUGGAGAGCAGCCUAAAAGAACUCCAUGACAUGUUUAUGGAUAUUGCCAUGCUUGUGGAAAACCAGGGUGAAUCUGUAGACAAUAUAGAGUUAAAUGUUAUGAAAUCUGUGGAACAUGUAGAGAAAGCACGUGAGGAAACUACAAAAGCAGUGAAAUACCAGAACAAAGCACGCAAGGGUACUCUAAUAGAUCGUAUUGAAAAUAACAUGGAUGAGUCAGUUGGAUUUGUGGAACGAGCUGUGGCUGAUACAAAGAAAGCUGUAAAAUUCCAGAGUGACGCCCGAAGGAAAAUGAUCAUAAUUGGUGUGGUUGUAGCUGUGCUGAUAGCAAUUGUGGCUUUGAUUAUCGGUUUGUCUGUGGGACUGAAGAAAUGAAACUAAAGCUGAUCCCUGUAUCAGGACAGUGCACUUUUGAAAAUUCCUGUGACUCCCUCUUCCUCCACCACCAGCAAAUGAUCCCAGCUACCUCUCCCUGACCUCUGCUUCUGUGGCCAAUCCUGUUUCGAUGUUUGCCAGGGAAUGGGUCAAUCUUAUGACUUGAAGGAUUCCAUGACCAGUUCUGCUCCCUGAAACCUUAUCCUUUACCCAAAGAGCCUGAUGCUGCUAAAAUAUAACUUCCUAUAUGUUGCUGAAUUCAUUGAAUCAUUCCUGCUUCUUUGAUAAAGUGAGAAGUACUUAUUUGAUUCAAUGAGGUGUAGAACUCCUGACAAUCCUGUAUCUAAAGACAAUACAGACUGGCUGACUGAUGCAACUACUGUACUUCCACCUCAGUGUUAAGUUAAAAAAAAUCAAGCCUUUAUUCUUAAAAAAUCACUAUAUUUUUUCAAAACAUUUUUGGAUUUUGAAAUAAUCUGCAGCCAAAUAGAGGCUGCAUAAAGUACUACAAAAAAAAGAUCUAUUAAAUGUAGCAGUCAUGGUACACAUAUUAUUUACAGAAAACAAUUUAGAAAAUUAAUUAUCAUUACACAAUGCAAUUUUAUAUAUAUAAAUAUCUUAGGGUGGGUAAAGGUAUAUUGGCAGUACAAUUGCUUACACGUUAUGACGUAAACAUAUGUAUCCAUUUUAUUGAUAUAGAUGAAUAUUUUUAUUUUUAAAAUGACAUAUCUGCAAAAUGAUAAGGAGAGGCUUUUGUAUACAGAAACCCAGGGGCAUUUGUACUUUCUGUCUCUUUCUUAUUGUCUACUUUCAUUCUCAGCUCUAACUUUUCUCUUUGUGACCAUCUUUCCUUUUCUGCUCUGGCCUCUGUAGAAGAAGAUUAUGAUUCUGAUUUGCUGUGUAAUUCUUGCAAUUGUCAUAGCAUCAACAAUCGGAGGAAUCUUUGCCUGAGGUGAGAGCACAAGACUUGGUUGUCUGAGCAAGCAAUCGCAAAGAAAAGUAAAUUAAUACAGGCUACUAGCUCUAAGCUCUAUUAUGUAUAAUUAUGUAUAUAUUACUAUGUGUAUAUUAAAUUAUCAUUCAUCCUAAUCAUUUUAGAUUAGGAAAUUCUUUAGAAAACUUAUUUUAACAAGGUCUGCUAUUUCCACAGCUAAACUGUGGCUACAUGAUAGGAACCACAACAGCAUCUGUUGCUGUACUAAACACAAUGAAUUUAUAAUAUGAACAAUAUGAAUGUGGCUAAUGAUAGCUACAGACCAAAAAAGUAAUGUUGCUACAUGUUUCAGGUUUCUGUUUCUUCUACUAUAAAUACCUCAACCAGUGGAAAAGAAAAUCAGAGAAAGGUGAAGAAAGAUGAUGAAUGUUAAGACUUACUGAAGAUUAUAAUUGACAUUAAAAAAUUGGAAAAAUG